UGAUGAUACAGCACAAGUCGAAAAUAUUGUAAUCUGUAGUUGUCGACAGUUCGUAAAUAUCGCAGUAAUAAUAAUAUAAUACUGAGUAAUGAGGAAUAACCUGGUGACCCGUCACCCGCGCAUCAACCGACAAAUGGAUAACAACGAGUUAGUCUGUUGGCUGCAAGUGUCGUCACAUUGAGUAAAAGCGAUUUCGAGUUUUCCCAGACGAACAAGGCGUGAAAACCAUCACAGGCCACAGCGAAAACCGCUCCACAUUAUUGUUCUGAGACUAAAAACACUUAUUUGGCGUUUGAAUCUUCACUCCAAAAUCCGCGAUGAUGACGGACCAUGCAGAUUCUGAUGACAAUUCCUCUGAUUCCAGUUACUCGAAGGUGGACUUUUACGAGGUUAUGAAUGAAGUGCCUGAGAACUAUAAGGGCAAAGUAGAUGAACUAAACAAAAUAUUACAAGAUAAAAACCAAGAUAUAAAUCGUCUAAAAGAAUUAGCUAUUAGUGACGGAGGAUUGGUGAUAAGUUUAGUACGUAGGGAAGCAUGGAAGCUGAUAUUGAAUUUGCCAAGCACUGAUGAACAAUUAUAUCCAUUGGAAAUUAUUAAAGACCAUCCUGAAUACCAUCAAGUUGAUAUGGAUGUGAGGAGGUGCUUAAAAAGAUUUCCGCCUGGUAUAUCAUAUGAGAAAAUUGGUGUAUUGCAAAAAGAAUUGAUAACAAUUAUACUGAGUGUAAUUAAAGAAAAUCCAGACCUAAAAUACUACCAAGGUUAUCACGAUGUCGCUGUUACUUUUCUUAUAGAAGUAGGACAAAGUGAAGCAUAUAGUAUAAUGAAGCAUCUAUCAUCAAAUCAUCUAAAAGAAUUUCUAAAGCCAACCAUGGAGGAAACAUCAUAUUUACUGUUACACGUUUUUCCGUUAAUUAAAAAGCUCAAUCCAGAAUUGGAAGAAUUUAUUGAAAAGUCUGGUAUUGGUACAAUAUUUGCUCUGCCGUGGUUGAUAUCAUGGUUUAGCCAUAGCUUAGACCAACACUCGAAAGUAGUAAGAUUAUUCGAUUACUUUCUAGCAUCACCAAAAGAAAUCAUCUUGUAUGUUAUAGCGCAGUUAAUAUAUUCCAGACGUGAUGAAGUCUUAAAUACUGAGUGCGACAUGGCUGGUGUUCACACGGUGUUAUCAAAGAUUCCAGAAAGCCUAAAUUUUGAAAUAAUAUUGGAUGAAGCUACAAAAAUGCACAAAGAAUAUGAUCUUUCAAACGUCAAAGAUGAAGUUGACGAAAGAGUAAAACAAGAAGCUAAGUUAUUAAAAGAUCAACGGGACGAAAAUGCAAAGCGGAAAAAAGACAAGAAAUUUGCCAGAGAUCGGGAACAUCAAGAACAGCCAGCUUUUAACAGAGCUUUCCGAUAUGUACCCAUAUGGAUUAGACCUAGAAUGAGAUUUGGCCUGUUGUUUUUCGGAUUUAGUUUGGCUGCCGGGCUUUGGGCUGUUUUUAAAUCAAAUAACAAUUAAAAAUUAAAAAUUGCUUCAUAUAUUCCAAUUAUUAUUAUUUGUGCUAUACACAGGGGACAAAUAGACUGAUAUCUUAUAAUAUUAUAUUGAUUUAUAUUGGUAUGUAUUAAUUUGUUUUUACUUCUUGAUAUUGGAGCAAUCAAUUUAUUACAUUUUUUACACACCCUUAACUAUUUAGUUAACCUUGUUUAAUUUAGCCAAAUAAUUCUAUUGUUUAAAUACAACUAUUUUGUACUAUUCUUUAGAUGUAACAUACAUGUGAUUAUGAAUAUUUUUAGUUUUCACAAAUCUAUUGUUGAUGGUAUUUUUUUUAUAUUUUAUGAAUCAAAUUAUAACUGUUUAUUAAUGUUAAAAACUUAUCUUACCUACAACAUAAUUAGUUUUUGUAAAUGUCAAUUAAAUAUAUUUAUUGGUA